UUGCAGGCUGAGGCGGCGGCGGCGGCGCUGCGGCGGUUCGGUGGUUUCCGUCCCGGCGCGGUGCGGCUCUCCGGCGCGGGCCACGCUCUUCCUUCCCUGCUCCGGCCUCGACCACGGCGAGCCUGAGCGCGGCGGCGGCCCACGCGCGGCGACGGGGAGAGAUGAGCAGCAACAGCAAUAAAAGAGCUCCAACAACAGCGACCCAGCGGCUGAAACAGGACUAUCUUCGAAUUAAGAAGGACCCGGUGCCUUAUAUCUGUGCUGAGCCCCUCCCUUCCAAUAUUCUUGAAUGGCACUAUGUGGUCCGAGGCCCAGAGAUGACUCCGUAUGAAGGUGGCUAUUAUCAUGGAAAACUAGUUUUUCCCAGAGAAUUUCCUUUUAAACCUCCUAGUAUUUAUAUGAUCACGCCCAAUGGAAGAUUUAAGUGCAAUACGAGGCUGUGUCUUUCCAUCACGGAUUUCCACCCAGACACGUGGAACCCGGCCUGGUCCGUCUCCACCAUCCUGACGGGGCUCCUUAGCUUCAUGGUGGAGAAGGGCCCCACCCUGGGCAGCAUAGAGACAUCGGACUUCACGAAAAGACAACUGGCUGCACAAAGUUUAGCAUUUAAUUUGAAAGACAAAGUCUUUUGUGAAUUAUUUCCUGAAGUCGUGGAGGAAAUUAAACAGAAACAGAAAGCCCAAGAUGAACUCAGUAGCCGACCCCAGGCUCUCCCCUUACCAGAUGUGGUUCCAGAUGGGGAAACACACCAUGGUCAGAACGGGCUUCAGCUCCUCAAUGGGCACGUGCCAGGGGCUGGGCCACACCUCGCGGGGCUCCAGCAGGCCAACCGGCACCAUGGACUCCUGGGCGGUGCCCUGGCGAACUUGUUUGUUAUAGUUGGGUUUGCGGCUUUUGCCUACACGGUCAAGUACGUGCUGAGAAGCAUAGCGCAGGAGUGAGCCGCGUGCCACGGCUGGCAGAAGUGGUCAAAAACGAGGGACACUGGGCCCGAGCUUGCCACGGGCUGGCUGGACGUGUCGCCGAGCGCAGGGUGGACCUGCCUGACUCCUGGGGUAGCUUUUUAAAAACCUUGAAAAGGAAAACAAAAACCAAAGUGUGUAAUUUGGAUUUAGAGGAGAUGCAAGAUUCUCAGCUCCCUGUCCUCACUCUGGGGUCUGUUGGGGACCAUGGAGCUUGGGUGCCGAGGAGGAGGGGCCUCAUGCUUUGGUUUUAUAGCUUAUCUCCUGUAUCGUCUUUUGGACCUGUUUUAGUAAACCUGUUUUUCAUUUUAUUAGAUUUGGUCACUUAAAAAUACAAAACUCGAUUAUCAAAUA